AUGCUUCUGGUGAAAACACUCUACAAAGCAAAACUAUAUGUAAGGGUCUCCACUUCAAACAGUGUAGAAAGCAUGGCAUCCCAAGCCCUGAGGAAUGCUUACAAAGAACAAUUUCUGGCACGGUCAUAUCUGGAUGACCAUUUUACAGGAAAAAUUUCCUCUUCCCAAAUGGAAAAACUUCACAGUUUUCUUCAGUCGGAUAUUAUUCAGGGCGAGACUCUGUUGGAGUUGGGUAGCGGCCCGGUCGUUUUGAGCUCGCUGACGACCUCCAGUAGAUUCAAGCACAUCGUGCUGAGCGACUUGGUCGAAGGCAACAGGCUCGAAAUCAACAAGUGGAUCAACGAGGAAGAAGACGCCAUUGACUGGAGCCUCCCUGCCGAGCAAAUCGCUGGCUUCGAAGGCUAUAGCGACAUCAAGAAGGGGGCGUUGGAAGUACUCGAGCGCACACGCACAGCCAUCCGCAAGGUAAUACCCUGCGAUGUGCUGGAGCCCGGGGUGCUCCCGAUGGAACACAGGGAAAUCUUCGACGUCGUUUAUUCCUCUGGAUGCCUGGACGCGGCCGCAGCAGACCACGAAUCUUUCCGAAGGGUGAUUUGUAAUGUAGCACCACUCGUCAAACCUGGCGGUCUGCUUGUCAUUAUCGGCGCCGGUGGCGUAAAGAGCUAUCCCGUUGGAACCUUUGAUUUUCCUCACUCGAACCUCACCGAAAAUGUACUGAAAGAAUCUGUCACUGAUGCCGGCUUCAAGAUAGAAAGAUACCGACCCAACGAACUUCUUCGGUCUUUCCUGGGGAAUUCGAACGCAUUCAGGUUUACCCUGGUGGCACGUAAAAUCUGACUCGGCAAAUACAACUGCAAUCAAUUCGUUUAACCUACUCUUCUUUGCCCAUUUUCAGAUUUCUUACUUUACAUACAUACUGCGGAAAUAAAGCUUUCAUAUUUGC